GCGGCGGCGGCGGCAGAAGCAGCGGACGGGCCAUGCGGGGGCCGCGCUCCGGGCUCUGCCCGCUCUCCAUCUUCAUCCUUUUCCUCCUCCCCCCGCUCUUGCCGGCAGCCGCCCCCUCCCCGGCCCCGCCGUGCGCCCCCCCGGGGCUGCGCCGCGAGCUAUUCCCCACACCAGGGAGCUCCGGAGGCUGCACGGGACCGUGCGGGACCGAGGAGUGCGAUGUUGGGGUGCAGAAGGACACGGGCCCCAUGCAACUGCCGAGGGUGGGCAGAGCACUUGCCAUACCCCUCCCAGAUGCUGAUUCCCCCUGGGAUGCCCCCGGCCAGCCGGACCCUGUUCCAGUUUCCCUGCAGAGCAGGCGCUCCCCCCAGGAGCUCCCCGGGACUCACACCGCUCUCAAGAGGCAGAAGAGGGACUGGGUGAUCCCCCCCAUCAAGGUUCCUGAAAACGAGAGGGGCCCCUUCCCCAAAAAAUUGGUUCAGAUCAAAUCCAACCGGGACAGAGACACCAAGAUCUUCUACAGCAUCACAGGGCAGGGAGCGGAUGCCCCCCCCGAGGGCAUCUUCACCAUUGAGAAGGAGUCAGGCUGGAUGAAGGUGACGCAGCCGCUGGACCGCGAGCACAUCGACAAGUACCACCUCUUCUCCCACGCCGUGUCUGAGAAUGGGAAGCCAGUGGAGGAGCCGAUGGAGAUCAUUGUGACCGUGACAGACCAGAACGACAACAAGCCCCAGUUCACGCAGGAGGUGUUCAGGGGCUCUGUGCUGGAGGGAGCUCUGCCAGGCACCUCCGUGAUGCAGGUGACAGCCACGGAUGCGGAUGAUGCAGUGGAAACCUACAAUGGUGUCAUUGCCUACUCCAUCCUGAGCCAGGAGCCACGGGAGCCCCAUCCCCAAAUGUUCACUGUCAACCGGGGCACCGGCACCCUCAGCGUCAUUGCCAGCGGCCUCGACCGGGAGCGUGUGCGGGAGUACACACUGACAGUGCAGGCAGCCGACCUGGAUGGCGAGGGACUGACCACCACGGCGCUGGCCGUCAUUGAGAUCGCUGACAUCAAUGACAAUGUCCCUGAGUUCGACCCCAAAAUGUACGAAGCAGCUGUGCCGGAGAACGUGGCUGGGCGGGAGGUGGCCCGGCUGGCUGUCACCGACCUGGAUGAGCCUGGCACGCCGGCGUGGAGAGCCAUCUACUCCAUCCUGCGUGGCAACGAUGGGGGUGCCUUUGCCAUUGCCACCGACCCUGUCACCAAUGAGGGCAUCCUCCGCACAGCCAAGGUCUGCGUCACCACUGUGUCACCCCAUUGCUACCCACAGUGGGGUCCUGUCUGCCCCCCUCUCACUGCCCAUGUCCCCCCCUCCCAGGGUCUGGACUACGAAGCAAAGCAGCAGUUCAUGCUCCACGUGACAGUGGCCAAUGAGGUCCCCUUCGUCGUGAAGUUGCCGAUGGCCACUGCCACAGUCACGGUCACUGUGGAGGAUGUCAAUGAGGCACCGGUGUUCGUGCCGCUGGUGCAGCUGGCCACGGUGUCGGAGGAUGUGCCGCCGGGGCAGACCCUCACCUCCUGCACAGCCCAGGACCCCGACAAGGCACAGGGGCAGAGGAUCAAGUAUCUGGUGGGACAUGACCCAGCGGGGUGGCUGGCCGUGCACCCCGACAACGGCCUGGUGACAGCACAGGACCACCUGGACCGCGAGUCCCCCUUCGCGAAGAACAGCACUUACAUGGCUUUGCUGCUGGCCGUGGAUGAUGGCUCACCACCAGCCACGGGCACAGGGACACUGCUCCUCACCCUGCUUGAUGUGAACGACAACGGCCCCGAGGCCGAGCCACGGGACAUCACUGUGUGCCAGCGCAGCCCCGAGCCCCAGGUCCUCACUGUCACCGACAGGGACUUGCCCCCCAACACCGGCCCCUUCCGCGCCGAGCUCACCCACGGCUCGGGGGACAGCUGGGCUGUGGAGGUGGGUGACACAGGUGACACAGUGACCCUGCGGCUGGUGGCAGCACUGGAGCCAGACACCUACAGCGUGUACCUGCGGCUGCUGGACCGGCCGGGCAGGGCCCAGGUGACUGUGGUCACCGCGCGGGUCUGUGCCUGUGAGGGGCCAGCGCAAGGCUGUCCCCAGAGACCCCAGCCCGUCACCGCCCUGCCCUUCGUCCUCGCAGCCCUGGGCGCGCUGCUGGCCCUGCUGCUCAUCCUGCUGCUGCUGCUGCUCUUCGUGAGGAGGAGGAAGGUGACGAAGGAGCCUCUGCUGCUGCCUGAGGAUGACACGCGGGACAACAUCUUCUACUAUGGGGAGGAGGGUGGGGGCGAGGAGGACCAGGACUAUGACCUGCGGCAGCUGCAUCGGGGGUUGGACGCCCGUCCCGAGGUGAUCCGCAAUGACGUGGCCCCCACCCUCCUGCCAGCCCCCCAGUACCGACCCCGACCUGCCGACCCUGAUGACAUUGGCACCUUCAUCGAGGAGAACCUGAAGGCGGCCGACACGGACCCCACAGCUCCCCCCUACGACUCGCUGCUGGUGUUUGACUAUGAGGGCAGUGGCUCGGAGGCCACCUCGCUCAGCUCCCUCAACUCCUCCAACUCCGAUGAAGACCAGGACUAUGACUACCUCAACGACUGGGGCAGCCGCUUCCGCAAGCUGGCUGAGCUCUAUGGUGGCGGGGAGGAGGACGAUUGCGGGACGGUACCGCCUCCCAUCGGGGCGGGACGGGGCGGUUCCCGGGGGGGACCAGGACCUGCGGGGCGGGAUCGGGAUCGGUUGGGACCCGACGCACCUGCGGCUCUGCAGCAGCAGCGCCUGAUCCCUCCGGCACCCACCGGCACGGCACCGGCACUAGCACCGGCACCGGCAUCAGCACCAGCCAUGGGGCGGCGAGCGGGCUGCCCGGCCCCGCUCUGCCUCCUCCUUCUCCUCCUGCUCCAGAGCGGGCACCGGCUGUGCCAGCGGGCAACGCCAUGCCAGCCUGGCUUCACCGCCGAGACCUUCGCCCUGACCGUGCCGCGGGACAGCGUGGCAGCAGGACGGGCCCUGGGACGAGUGAGCUUUGUGGACUGUGGAGAGCCGCACUGGGCCGCUUUCCUUCCGGACGACACGCGCUUCAAGGUGAGCCGGGAUGGCGUCGUUUCUGCAGCCCGGCCCCUGCAGCUCCGGCGGCGGGAGAUCACCUUCACCGUGCACACGUGGGACACUGCGGGCAAGAGGCACUCGGCCAAGGUGACUCUGCGCCGGCAGUGGCACCAGCACCGCCGACACCACAACCAGAUGCAGCAGGACACAGCACCUGACGUGCUGACCUUCCCGGAGCACAGACACAGCCUCCGGUGGCAGAAGAGGGACUGGGUCAUUCCCCCCAUCAACUGCCCCGAAAACGAGCGGGGGCCCUUCCCCAAGAAGCUGGUGCAGAUCAAAUCCAACAAGGACAAGGAGACCAGGGUUUUCUACAGCAUCACAGGGCAGGGAGCGGACACCAUCCCUGUGGGCGUCUUCAUCAUCGAGCGGGAGACAGGGUGGCUGGAGGUGACGAAGCCUCUGGACCGGGAGGAGAAGGAUAAGUACAUACUCUACUCCCAUGCUGUGUCAGCCAAUGGGCAGCCCGUGGAGGACCCCAUGGAGAUCAUCAUCACUGUCACUGACCAGAAUGACAACCGGCCCGUCUUUACCCAGCAAGUCUUUGUUGGCUACAUUGAGGAGAAUGCCAAGCCGGGCACAUCCGUGAUGACCGUGAAUGCCACGGAUGCAGACGAUGCGGUCAACGUGAACAACGGCAUUAUCAGCUACUCCAUCCUCAGCGAGGAGCCCAAGGGCAUGCAGCAGAUGUUCACCAUCAACCCUGAGAAGGGCAUCAUCAGCGUCAUCGGCACAGGGCUGGACCGGGAGACCACUCCCAACUACACACUGAUCAUCCAGGCUGCAGACCAGGAGGGCUUCGGCCUGACCAAUACUGCCACUGCCAUCAUCAAAGUCACUGACACCAAUGACAACCCUCCUGUCUUCGACCCUGACAUGUACGAGGGGUCAGUGGAUGAGAAUGCCCCUGGGGUGGUGGUGGCUCAGCUGCACGUGACGGACCAAGACAUGCCAGGCUCCCCGGCCUGGAAGGCCGUCUACCGCAUCCAAAGUGGGGACCCGAUGGGUGACUUCAACAUCACCACUGACCCCAAAACCAAUGAUGGGCUCCUGAAAACCGCCAAGGGCCUGGAUUACGAGACCCAGCAGCAGUACCACCUUGUGGUGGUGGUGGAGAAUGAGGUCCCCUUCUCCGUGCCCCUGAGGCCUGCCACGGCCACUGUCCUGGUGGUGGUCAGGGAUGUGAACGAGCCCCCCAUCUUCGUGCCCCUGGUCAAGAAAGUGGAAGUGAUGGAGGAUGUGCCAGUGGGCUACCAGGUCACCUCCUACACAGCCAAGGACCCUGACAAGGACCAGAGGCAGAAAAUCACGUACCGCAUGGGCAGCGACCCCGCAGGGUGGUUGGCCAUCGACUCUGAGACUGGCAUUGUCACAGCGGCACAGCCACUGGACCGGGAGUCAGCACAUGCCAUCAACAGCACCUACAAGGCCAUCGUCCUGGCCAUGGACAGCGGGUCACCACAGGAGACUGGCACAGGGACGCUGCUCCUCCUCCUCCAGGAUGUGAAUGACAAUGGGCCUGUGCCAGAGCCCCGGAACUUUGACAUCUGCAACCGGCAGCCUGAGGAGCAGAUACUGAACAUCGUUGAUAAGGAUCUGCCCCCCAACACCUUUCCCUUCAGGGCAGAGCUGGUGCAUGGCUCUAGCAUCAACUGGACUCUCAAGGUGACUCCACCAGACCUGGUGAAGCUGAAUAUGAGGAAGGAGCUGGAGCCAGGGGAGUACAGCGUCUUCCUGAAGCUGCUGGAUGCCCAGGGCAAGGAUCAGAUCACGCCGGUCAAAGCGCAGGUCUGCAGCUGUGAAGGGCCAGCCAAAAACUGCGAGCGCCGAGCAUAUGUCUCCGGGGGCAUGGGCGUCCCCGCCAUCCUGGGCAUCCUCGGGGGCAUCCUGGCGCUGCUCAUCCUGCUGCUGCUGCUGCUGCUUUUUGCGAGGAGGAGAAAGGUGGUGAAGGAGCCACUGCUGCCUCCCGAGGAUGAUAUGAGGGACAAUGUCUACCACUAUGACGAGGAGGGUGGCGGCGAGGAGGACCAGGACUAUGACCUGAGCCAACUGCACCGCGGGUUGGAUGCCCGUCCUGAGGUGAUCCGCAAUGAUGUGGCCCCCCCACUGAUGGCUGCCCCCCAGUACCGGCCCCGGCCUGCCAACCCUGAUGAGAUCGGGAACUUCAUCGAUGAGAACCUGAAGGCAGCCGACACGGACCCCACAGCUCCCCCCUACGACUCGCUGCUGGUGUUCGACUAUGAGGGCAGUGGCUCGGAGGCCACCUCGCUCAGCUCCCUCAACUCUACCAACUCCGACGAAGACCAGGACUAUGACUACCUCAAUGACUGGGGCGGCCGCUUCCGCAAGCUGGCUGAGCUCUACGGCGGUGGGGAGGAGGAAGAUUAG